GGAAACACGCUCCGUGGGGCCGCGCAGACGAUUACGCGGAAAGUUUCACGUGAUGGGACUUUUCCGGAAUUACCUACCGGCUUCCGGGAAGAUUUUCCGCCCGUCCGGCUCUGCGGACUCAAGGAGAGAAAGGAAAAAGCAUUCCUCUGUGUAACCACACUUAGGACCUUAAAAAGAUUCAUUAAUAUCUGCACACAGGUCCACGUCCGCCUCCCCAUGCAGAACUCCGUGAAAUGAAUAAAGCACCACAGCCUCUGACAGGACCCCCCUCCAACCCCCACCCUGCCCCCUCCCCCGGCCUGCCCCAGCCUUCGUUCCCCCCCGGGCACCCCCCUUCUGUUGUGUUUGCCACCCCGCCGCCUCCACAAAUGAACCCGGCACCGCAGCCCAGACAGUAUGCCCCAGGGCCACGAGCUAUGCACCCACAGGGAAGCUUCAGGUCGUUACAGCCCUAUUACACCAACAGGGCCGGCCUGCCACCCAGCACCGGGCCCCGGGGCAUCCCUCCCAACAGCGGCCCUCGGCCUGUGACGCCCACCCACGUCUACCAGCCGGGCCCCGGCUCUCAGAUGAUGAUGAUCCCCGGGCAACAGCUGCCCUUCCCGGGCUCGCCGCAGGGCCCCGCCUACUUCAUACCGGGACAGUACCGGUCAGCGACCUACGUGGCCACGCCUCAGCAGUACCCAGUGCCAGCGGGAACACCCGGCUUCUACCCGGGCACCAGCCCCGCUGAUUACAGUACUUACGCAGGGGCCUACUACCCCGCCCAGCCUCAGUACAACCCCUCACUGCAGGCGGCCCCCGUCAUAAUGAGCCCGGCCCCUCAGCAGCAGCACCACCAACAACAACAACAACAACAGCAGCAGCACCAACAACAGCAACAGCAGCAGCAACACCAACACCAACAGCAGCAGCAACACCUCCAGCAACAGCAGCAACAACAGCAGCAACAACAACAACAACAGCAGCAGCAGCAGCAGCAGCAGCAACAACAACAACAGCCGCUGCCUCAGCCCCCCCAACACAUCGCCACCAAGCGGGAACGUAAACAGAUCAGAAUAAGGGACCCGAACCAAGGAGGUCGAGACAUCACAGAGGAGAUUAUGUCCGGGGGCCGCAGCGGCUCCACCCCCACCCCACCACAGUCGGCCAUAUCGGGAUCAGAAAGUGCAGCGGUGGUUCAGUCCAACGGUGAGAGCGUCCCAGCUGCUGCCUCGCCGGCGCUGGUCAGACCAGAUGAAAGAGGGAAACCUACGCCCCCUCCUUCGUCAAAGACCCCUGAACUGGUUAAGGGAGACCCCAUCCCCACGGAGGCCCCCCCCCCUGACACAAACACUAAGCGCCCUGCCCCCCCUUUGCUAUCAGAACCGCAGGAGGUCCCCCUGCACACCGCUCCUGCUCCCGCUCGGGCUCCCGUUCCGGAUGUGAUGGACGCUCCCCGGACUCCCAGGGAGGCCCCCCCGGCCCCACAGUCGGCGCCCGAGGUGCCCGCUUACCCCGCGCCCCUCCCCGACCCCGUCCGCACCCCCGCCGCACAAAGCAGAGCAGACAAGAAAACCACAGAUGUGAAGGAGGUUAAAAAGGAAGAGAAGGCCGCUGCCCCUCACGUCGCGCCCCCCUCCGCCGCCGCUAACGGCGUCGCCGAGGCGGAGCGCGUAACGCCGUUGGCGGCGUCGCCGCCGUCCAGUCACCUCGAGCCCCCCCCGGAGUCUCCAAUCGCACAGCCGGAGGAGCUCCGCCUCCCCAACGGACUGCCGCUGCCGGCCCCCCGCGACCCCGAGGUGCCCGCCGCCGCCCUGACGGAGCGCGACGACAGCCCCAUCGCCGAGCCGGACGUCGGCGAGGAGCCUGCGGACGCCGUCGAGGCUGCGCCCGCCGAUCGGCCUCAACCCGCCGUUGUCCAGGAGGUUCCUGCCCAUCCGGUUGCCCCGGCACAGCCCCCCCGGCCUGAAGUCCAAGCCGAGGUCGCCCCGGACAUCAAAGAAGAAACCCCAGUGCCCUCUUCCCUGGGGCCGGCCACGAAAGAGAAGCAGUCUCCCGUUCCCGUGGAGACGGUUCCAGUGGAAACGGUUUCAGCCAAGGCGGUUCCCGUGGAGGCGGUUCCCGUGGAAACGGUUUCAGCCAAGGCGGUUCAAGUGGAGGCGGUUCCCGUGGAAACAGUUUCAGCCGAGGCGGUUCCCGUGGAGGCGGUUCCCGUGGAGGCGGUUCCCGUGGAGGCGGUUUCCGUGGAGGCGGUUCCCGUGGAGGCGGUUCCCGUGGAGGCGGAUCCCGUGGAGGCGGUUUCAGCGGAGGAGGUUCCAGCCAAGACAGUUCUCGUGGAGGAGGUUUCAGCAAAGCUGGUUCCCGUGGAGACCAUUUCAGCCGAGGCGGUUCCCGUGGAGGCGGUUCCCGUGGAGGCGGUUCCCGUGGAGGCGGUUCUCGUGGAGGAGGUUCCAGCCGAGGCGGUUUCUGCAGCCGGCUGCGCCCCGGAGAGAGCGUCCAGCGCCCCCUCUCCCACAGCAGAGGAGAGAGAGGACACCCCUCCCCCACAGGUGGUCCCGCCUGCCCUGGUCGAAGCUACUAUGCAAGCCGCCGUGUCUGUGCCAAAGAAAAAGAGGAAGAUGAAGGAUCUGAACAAAAAGGAGGCGGUGGGAGACCUCCUGGAUGCCUUUAAAGAGGAGCAAGUGGUGGCUCCAGCGGCGCCCGAGCCAGCCCCCGCCCCCCCGGCCACAGAGACCCGGCCUCCCGCCCCUGAGGAGGCCGACAUGACCUGGGAGGACAAGGAGGACAAGGAGGGCAAGGCGGAUGCUGAGAACAUUCAGCCGGACGCCGACAAGAAGUACCAGUACAAAGAGGAACAAUGGAAGCCAAUCGACCCGGAGCAGAAGAAGCACUACGACCGAGAGUUCCUUCUGGGCUUCCAGUUCAGCUCGGCCAGCAUGAGCAAACCCGAGGGCCUCCCGGCCAUCAGCGACGUCGUCCUGGACAAGGUUAAUAAGAACCCGCUGCGUCAACUGGACCCCAGUCGCCUGACGGGAAUGAACUGUGGCCCCGACUUCACGCCCUCCUUCGCCAACCUCGGCAGGCCUGGGAUCGGAGGAGGUGGAGGAGGAGGAGGUGGAGGCGGCGGUGGUGGAGGAGGAAGCAGAGGACCACCCCCCGGUUUGGGGAUGGGGGCCGGCGGCCCGCGUCGCUCUCAGCAGAUGCAGCGCAAGGAGCCGAGGAAGAUCCUCACCACCAUGUCGCUGGGCGACGACGUGCAGCUGAACAAGGCGGAGAAGGCCUGGAAGCCCACGGCCAAGAAGCCCGCCCGCCCCCGCGCGGCGGCCGAGGAGCCUGAGGAGAGCGAGUCGGAGGACAUCAAGACGCAGGAGCUCUUCAAGCGGGUCCGCAGCAUCCUCAACAAGCUGACGCCGCAGAAGUUUCAGCAGCUGAUGAAGCAGGUGUCGGAGCUGACCAUCGACACCGAGGAGAGGUUGAAAGGAGUCAUCGACCUAACCUUCGAGAAGGCCAUCUCCGAGCCCGACUUCUCGGUGGCCUACGCCAACAUGUGCCGCUGCCUCAUGGGGCUUAAAGUGGAAACAACAGACAAACCCGGAGCCACUGUGAAUUUCCGCAAGCUUCUGCUGAAUCGAUGCCAGAAGGAGUUUGAGAAGGACAAAGACGACGACGAGAUCUUCGAGAGGAUGCAGAAAGAGCUGGAAGCCGCCUCAGUGCCGGAGAAGCAGAAGCUCACCGACGAGCUGCAAAGCGCCAAAGACCAGGCCAGGAGGCGCUCGCUGGGCAACAUCAAGUUCAUCGGAGAGCUCUUCAAGCUCAAGAUGCUCACCGAGGUCAUCAUGCACGACUGCAUCGUGAAGCUGCUCAAGAACCACGACGCAGAGUCCCUGGAGUGCCUCUGUAGGCUGCUGUCCACCAUCGGCAAGGACCUCGACUUUGAGAAGGCCAAGCCCCGCAUGGACCAGUACUUCCAUCAGAUGGAGAGGAUCAUAAAGGAGAAGAAGACCUCCUCCAGGAUCCGCUUCAUGCUGCAGGAUGUGCUCGACCUUCGAAAGAACUCCUGGGUGUCCCGACGAGGGGACCAGGGCCCCAAGACCAUCGACCAGAUCCACAAGGACGCCGAGCUGGAGGAGCACCGGGAGCAGAUGAAGGUGCAGCAAGCCCUCAUCUACAAGAAGGAGCCGGGCGGCGGCAGGAUGGGCGGAGGGGGGGCCGGGGGGGGGUCUCACAACCCCGGCCGCAACAAUCCUCCCCAGGACGAGGGCUGGAAUACGGUGCCCAUCUCCAAGAACCGACCCAUCGACGCCUCUCGCCUCAGCAAGAUCACAAAGACUCCUGUUCUGGACUUCAACAACCAGCUGCUCGCUCCGGGCGGUAAAGGCACGUGGGGCAGCUGGGGGAAGGGCAGCAGCGGCGGCAGCAGCAGCGCCAAACCCGCAGAAGCCGGCCCCGAGGCGGGAGGCCGUCCCGCCACCAGCACCGUGAACCGCUUCUCCGCCCUGCAGCAGUCGGCGCCCCCGUCGGGCUCCGCCCAGGACGCCGACAGGCGAGUUCCUCAGAGGAACAGCUCCAGCCGAGAGCGCGGCGACCGCUUCGACAGGCGGGACGACCGCAACCGGCUGCAGGUCACCAAGCGCAGCUUCAGCCGGGAGAACGAGGAGCGCAGCCGGGAGCGCGAGCAGCGCGGGUCGGCCGACCCGGUCCGUCGGGUCGCCAGCAUGACGGACGACCGCGGCAGCAGAGACCGAGCCAGGAGCAAAGAGAGCGUGAAGCAGGAGAGAGCUGCCACCCCCCCACCUCCGCUGGCCCCCGCCAAGCCCGCCCUGACUGAGGAGGAGCUGAGCAAGAAGUCCACGGCCAUCAUCGAGGAGUACCUCCACAUCAACGACAUGAAGGAGGCUCUGCAGUGCGUGCAGGAGAUGAACAGCAACCAGCUGCUCUUCGUCUUUGUGCGAAACGGGCUGGAGUCGACGCUGGAGCGCAGCACCAUCGCCAGGGAGCACAUGGGGCUGCUGCUGCAGCAGCUCAUCAAGGCCCGAGUCCUCCCGACCGAGCAGUACUACCGCGGGCUUCAGGAGAUCCUGCAGGUGGCUGAAGACAUGGCCAUAGACAUCCCGCACAUCUGGCUGUACCUGGCAGAACAGAUCACUCCCAUGCUGCACGAGGGAGGCAUCCCCAUGGGGGAGCUCUUCAGGGAGAUUUCAAAGCCUUUGGUCCCUCAGGGUCAAGCUGGAGUUCUGUUGGUCCAAAUCCUCACUUUGCUCUGCAAAGGAAUGAGCCAUAAAAAGGCGGGCACAAUGUGGAGGGAGGCCGGCCUCCAGUGGAAAGACUUCCUCCCCGAGGACGUGGACGUCAACAAGUUUGUGACGGAACAGAACAUGGAGUUCACGCUGUGCUCCGAGUCCAAGGAGGAGGAGCAGCAGCAGCAGCAGGAGGAAGAGGAGGAGAGCAAGAAGAAGAAGAAGGAGCUGAGCCCGGCGCAGCUGAGCAGGCACCUGGAGAGACUGAUCCAGGACCAGGCCGACAACCAGAGGAUCUUUGACUGGAUCGAGGCCAACCUGGACGAGCAGCAGACCUCCUCCAACACGUUCCUCAGAGCCCUGAUGACCUGCGUCUGCCAGGCGGCCGUCGUCUGUGAGAACCCCAACAAGGUGGACAGCGAGCAGAUGAAACGGCGGGCCAAGGUGCUGCAGAGGUACCUGCUGGACGAGCAGAAGGAGCUGCAGGCCCUCUACGCCCUGCAGGCGCUGAUGGUGCAGCUGGAGCAACCUGCCAAUCUGCUGCGGAUGUUCUUCGACACGCUGUACGACGAGGACGUGAUCAAGGAGGAGGCCUUCUACAAGUGGAGACGAGCAAAGACCGCCGAGCAGCAGGGGAAAGGCGUCGCCCUGAAGUCCGUCACCGCCUUCUUCACGUGGCUCCGUGAGGCCGAGGACGAGGACGAGGAAGACAACAGCUAAAGGGGGGGGCUGGUCGGGGGGGGGGAGGGGUUUGGAGACGAGACCCGUGGACAGAUUCACACCCUGAAUCGGCAAAAAAACAAAACAAGAAACUUCUGCCUAAACGGAGAAAGAUGUUCAGCUGCGAGUGAUUGUAUUCUGGAUCCAACGUCCGAUCGUGUUCUGUUUUUUUUGGGGGGGGGGGGGGGGGGGGUGUUUCUCUUUUUUUUUUUUUCUCGCGCAACUGAAUGUCUUUUUUUGAAAUAAAUGCAAACACAGGAUUAAGUAGAGCGAGUAGAUGAGUGACAGUUACGAGCCACGGCAGGUGAUGCCGAGUCCUUCAGUGUUCAAGUUCAUCCCGUCGCCGCGGCAACACUAUUCAAGACACUUGUUGACACAUUCUAGAAGAAACCUGUGUUCACGUUUCUAUUUUUGAUGACUUGGCCGUGCGGAUCCACACGAGGCGCCGCGUAGCUUCUCCUUUCGGUUUUUGAUUUACUUUUUUCCCGCGUUGGAAUGUUGGAGUAAACGUUUUCUAAUAGAAACAAAAAAACAAACCUAGAAAGAGUGUGGAGACGCGUCUCAUGGACGUUUCAGACGGUCGAGGACGCAGAGACUUUAUGAGGACGCCGUCACCGAGGAGCAAUUGACUUUGACCAUUUUGCUGCUGGGGGGGGGGGGGGUGACUACAACGCCAACCUCCCCUCGACCCCAAUACACCGUCUCCUGUGUGUCCAUUGUUUGCUGCGUUUGGGGAAAAAACAAACUGACUGAGAAAAAAAGAGGAGGAGGAGGGGGGGGAGGGAGGGAGGGGCAGCCUCCCAAAAAUGCCUGGAGUUGGAUUUUUUUUUUUUUUUUUUUUAAGAUUUAAAAAAAAAAAAAAUUGCUGAAACAAAAGUUAAAAAAAAAAAAUCCACUUAAAAGUUAAACGGGACGAAUCCUGCGGCCUUUUCUGCUUCCAGGUGUGGAAUCGCAUUUCGGGAGAGUUCUGUAAAUACACAGAUGUUAUUUUUCUUUUUCACAGAAUGACGCCACAUUCAUGUCCUUUCCCCUGUAUUUAUAUUUCUCUCCUCAGCCGGCAGAAGGUGCUUGUAAUUAUCCAAACCCAAGUCAUCGAUCACAGUUCAAUUGCAAAUUUGUAAAUACUUUUUUGCUUUACUUUAUUAAAAAAAAAAAGAUAUUUAAUUAAAGUAAAAAAAAAAAAAUGAAU